GAUACAAAAAAUCACACUGCUGUGAGUAAUAGAUCUUGUAUUAGAGGUUUUGGCAGAAUACACUGACUGUCAUUUGAAGAAUCCCUACAUAACCACAACGUUACUUUCGUACGUAGUCUCCCUAUCCUCUAAAUUGACGUCGGCACCACAUCGUUCGUAAAUGGUGUUCGUGAAUGCUCUGCACAAGAAGCUGGCGUAGCGUACCUUCGUGUUAGCUAGCUCACCACAUUUUUGUGGGUCAUGGAAAGGAGGUAAAUAAAGAAAUAUAUCGGCUCUAUUAAAGGUUCAUAACAAGAGGGAUUCGGCCUGUAACGUACGAGUGGACUUCUACAUUCUCUCCGUUUUGUCGGCGACCCGGACGCCCACAGAUAUUUCGGAUAGUUUCAGCGACAAAGGAGCGAAGAUUUAUCAUCUGUCAAAGACGAGGAGGCCUUGAAGUCUUUCUGUCAGCAAACCAUCCUGUGUUGCCAUGGCGAUGCGGGAGCUGGUGGAGGCGGAAUGUGGGGGAGCCAAUCCCCUCAUGAAGCUGACGGGUCACAUGACCCAGGAGGGCGGGGCAUGGAGACACAGGACCACUCCCACUAUCCCUCCCACACCGAUUGAAAUCGCCACAGAAGAGGAGUUGGUGAAUGAGUUUCUCCAGGCGCCCCGUCGCCCCCCCCAUACGUUCGACAUGGGGCAGCUUCUGGAGGAGAUGCAACAAAUCGACCAGCAGAGUUACAGACAGGCGCCGCAAAGAGCUCCAGGUGUGGCUGCUCUAGCCCUGUCCGGUGAUUGGGCGGCAGAAUUCCUGUCAGGCACAGACUCUGCCUCCUCACCUGGGCAGGUGGGUCUGGACACAGCGGAUUCUGAUUGGACCAGAGAGUUUAUCAGUGAAGUGGCAGACCCGGGGCGCUGGGCGGAGGAGUAUCUGGAGCAGUCGGAGGAGAAGCUGUGGCUGGGUGACCUGGAGAAGGAUAAAGAAUGGACUCAAGAGUACCAGGCAGGGGAGGAACUAAAGCAAACAGCCAAUGAGCUUCUUGCUAAGGUGGAUGACCCUAAGCUACAGAACACAGAGUUCCUGCGUUUCAUUAGGCAGAUUGGGGAGGGCAGUGUGACAGUGGAGGACAGAGCAGGCAAGCAGCUCACUGAUAGAGAACAAGCCAAAGAGGCAGAGAAAUGGGCCUCCAGAAUCAACCAGGUGUCAGAGGAGUCAGCGGAAUCGUGGGUAGACGAAUUCACCACAGCCGGACCAGAUUUCCAACAGGCCAAAGCGGCUGUAGAGAGCGAUGUAGAUUUCUGGGAGAAGUUACAGGAGGAGUGGGAGGAGAUGGCCAAGAGAGAUGCGGAAGCUCAUCCCUGGCUCUCCGACUUCGACCAGCUCCUCAGCACCUCCUACGAUAAGGGGUACCAGUUUGAGGAGGAGAACCCGUACAUGACCCACGAGGACCCGUUUGGGGAGGGCUUGCGGCGGAUGGAGGCUGGAGACAUCCCCGGUGCCGUUCGGCUGUUUGAGAGUGCUGUGCAGAGAGAACCCGACAACCACCUGGCUUGGCAGUAUCUGGGGACAUGUCAGGCUGAGAAUGAGCAGGAGUUUGCUGCCAUCAGCGCCCUCCGCAGGUGUAUUGAGCUGAAGAAGGAUAAUUUGACAGCCCUGAUGGCAUUGGCGGUCAGUUUCACAAACGAAUCCCUGCACAGGCAGGCCUGUGAGACGCUCCGUGAUUGGCUGAGACACAACCCUAAGUACCGGCACGUUCUGGAGCGGAGUGAACGAGAGAAAGAGAAAGAGGGCGUGAGAGAGAGAGAGAAGUUUGGAUCCCUUCUGCCCGAGGCUCUAUUCACUGAGGUCCAGUCGAUGUUCCUGGCAGCGGCUGGUUCUGACCCAUCUCAUGUGGAUCCACAGUUGCAGUGUGGUCUGGGUGUUCUCUUCAAUCUGAGUGGAGAAUAUGACAAAGCUGUCGACUGUUUCACGGCCGCACUGUCUGUCACACCGCAGGAUUACUUGCUGUGGAAUAAACUGGGUGCCACUCUGGCUAAUGGCAGUCGCUCAGAGGAAGCUGUGGCCGCCUACAGGCGAGCGCUGGAACUGCAGCCUGGCUUUGUCCGCAGCCGCUACAACCUGGGCAUUAGCUGCGUUAACCUUGGCGCACACAGGGAAGCAGUGGAGCACUUUCUAGAGGCUCUGUCUCUCCAGCGGCAGGCGGCAGGUGAGCGAGGUCCCGUCGCCGGGGCGACCGUGAUGUCAGACAACAUCUGGUCGACGCUGCGCAUGGCGCUGAGCAUGAUGGGAGAGAGCUCGCUGUACGCGGCGGCCGACCGGCGCGACCUGGACACGCUCCUGGCCCACUUCGCCCCGCGGGAGGCCGAGACGGAAUGAUGGAGGGAGAGAGAGAGGGAGGGGGAGGAGAGGAAGAGGAGGGUGGUGGAGUGCGAGUGUGGGAAAAGGUGUUCGGGAAGAAGGGAUGGAUGGAUGGAUGAAUGAGUACAAGGAGCAUGGGUAAAGAAAGAACAAGCAAAUAAGGAGAAUGGUAAGAAGACAAGAGGAGAUAAAAAUCUAAUGAUCGGGUUUGAAAAGGAGUCGAUUCACUGCCUGUUCCAAGUUUGAAGGUACGGAUGAACUUGGACUCGAUCAGUGAGGAAAUACCAAACGUGAAAAUCACCACGGUAUUCACGUAAAGCAACCAGCCUGAACCUGAGAACUAUAGCCAACCCAAAAGAGGAACCACCUUUAACAGAACCUGCACUAAUUUGUCGUUGGUCUCUUCUCAAAAUCAGUACCGCGCGACAUAAACGUGGAGGAAGAAAAAAAAUACUAUCGACGGUUUUGGUAUCUGACGGUUUGAGCGUUUUUUCCCCCUCGUCCUGUCUGGUCAGAGCCUCUAAAGAAAGUGUGUGUGCGUGUAGUCUUACUGUGUGUGAAAAUCAGUUUUCCCUUUGUACGGACAGAGAGAGAGAAAAGGCGAUGCCUCAUUAGCAUGAGACGGACUCCGUACACGGAGACGAGGUGUGUAAUUAGGAAGAGAUGAGACAGGAGAGAGACGAUGUCUACGCCGUAUUGUCUCUCUUUCUCUCUCUCUCUGUUUUCCCCGCCGCGCCUCUACAAACGCUGUACAUAUAAUUUGCUGUAAUUGAAAACGCCAGUCUGCCGUAUCGUGCAUUGUAUCAUAAUUAUCGUAUUCUUAUGGCUGUUUUGAAUAUAAAUAACCCAUAAAAUUGUAAUGAUUGUCGAUGUGUAAUCUAAGCAAUAAAUCUUUGGAUAAAAAAAC